AUGGCGAUUUUGAAUUUUUGUGUUCUUCUUGUCGUGAUAUGUUUUGCUUCUGGAUCGAGUUCUUUGAAAACAGAACAAGUUCAACUCACUAGUCUCAAGUUUGCGGCGGAUAUCUAUUCGCAAUUGCUGGAGAAAAAAACACAGGGAAAUGUAUUUUUUUCCCCAUUGAGUAUUUCGUUGGCAUUAACGAUGCUGAACGAAGGUGCUCGAGCGAAUUCUACGUCGCAACUUCGCUCAGCCUUGGGUCUCGGAUUAGACGAUGAGAAAAUUCGCAAAGCGUUCAAAUCUGUCGUUGAUAAAAUCGAGGUUAGAAAAGGAAGCGUCUCACUGGAUAUCGCUGCAAAACUUUACUUCAGCAACUCAUCGGGCUUCGCCAUACAAGACUCGUUUAAACGAACGUUGACAGACGAUUACGACUCAGAUGUCGAAAGUUUGAAUUUUAAUUCUUCUGAAGAUGCCAGGAGCCACAUCAACCAUUGGAUCGAACAGAGGACUCACGGAAAAAUCAAAGAUCUUCUGCCGAACGGGUCUAUUAAUUCAAACACGAAGAUAGUCCUAGCGAAUGCUGUUCACUUUAAGGGAAGUUGGGAGCAGCCGUUUGAUAAAUCGCAUACAGAAAAGCAAGACUUCCACAUUUCUCCGAAUAAAAUCAUACAAGUGGACAUGAUGAGGCUGUUCGACGGACUUUUCCUUACUAUGGAGAAUGAGGAUGUUUAUGCUGUCGACAUACCUUAUCAGGGAGAGGAAUUCUGGAUGACGGUGAUUGUGCCAAAGAAACGAUACGGAUUGAAAGACAUUGAAAAAACCCUCAAUGAAACCAUACUUCACGAAUAUUUAUGGGGUGGCCGAAGCAGAGAAAGAUUGCGCCUGAAAGUGCCGAAAUUUCAAAUCGUCUCGUCAUUCGGACUCCGAAAAAUCUUGGAAGAAAUGGGAAUAAAAGACGUCUUCAAUCCUCAUGCGGCAAAUUUGAGCGGGAUUUCUGACAAACAGCUCUUUGUUGAUGAAGGAUAUCACAAGGCUUUCAUCAGAGUCGAUGAAGAUGGUUCUGAAGCUGCUGCUGCGACUGGUGCGUAUAUUUCAUUGAAAGCAUUUCAAUUUUACAUACAAGGGUUGUCCCACUUGGGCGCCUUUCUGGUUAUUUCUUGA